AUGCCUCGAUACUCGUAUCAGUCCUGCCCCCUGGACGAUCCAACGAAUGAUCUCAGAGUCUUGGAGAUCCUCAACAAUGAUCGGGACACAGUUGAGUGCAGACUGGUGAAGAACCCCAAGGACGAGCCAUACGAUACGCUUUCGUGGUGUUGGGGUGGAGCGAAGGAGGAUGACGAAAUUCGAAUCAUACAGGGAGACGAGGUCUACGAUUUUCCCUUGCCGUCAAAUCUAGUAAAUGCCCUGCGAGAGCUCCGUCGCUUUGGGGUGUACAGGAUCUGGAUCGACUUCAUCUGCAUAGAUCAAGUAAACCGCGACGAAAAGAAUAAACAAGUGCCGAUGAUGUCGGUCACCUACGGGAACUCUAGAUGUGUAUAUGCCUGGCUUGGCGCAGAGGACGAAAUCAGCACGCUUGCGAUGGAUUUCAUCGAGGAUCGUGUGCUCAACCUCAGAGAUUUCGAUCGUCUGGUUCAAGACGAGCGCUGUCAACGAAUGGGAAGCGCUAUCGAAGCUGAUCAAGCCAACAAAUGCAUCGGUUGGAAGGAUUUCGCCGACGCCAUCUCGCUGUUCAACGAAGUCGAGACUGGCACGAGAAGCCUGUCAAAUGUGAUGAAAAGCGACGAGGGUCUCAAACAUAUGCCCGACUUCUUUGGCCACGUCCCGGCCUUUAGUGCGACGAAGCUGGUCGAGGUGACCAACAAUCUCUUCCGGCGAGUCUCCAAGGGCGAACGAGAAGCGAAGUUCAACCUCGAAUAUCUCAUUUCCACGUUCACGGCGCUUGACGCGACAGAACCACGCGACACCAUUUAUGCCUUGCUUGCGAUCGCAAGAGACACGAUACCCAGGGUGAAGCUUGACACGUUCGUGAUAAACACCUGGUCGGAUUGGGUGAAGAGAAAAUUUAUCGAUCAGAUGUCGCAAAGGGCAACCUCGAAGCCGUACCAUGUUGACUAUGGGCUUCCAUUGUCGGACGUUUACGUGCAGUUUGUCAAGCCUUGGGCACCCACGCCUCCGGGGUCAGAGGAGCCAGAUGAUGACGCAAGAAGACAUUGGCGCGCUGUCUUUAAUGAGGCCGAGUCUAAACGGGUGGAGGGAGAGGGUUCAUAUACCUUGCCCGCCUGGAUACCCACUGUGGCCAAAGCAGCCUUUGGGUUGGACGGUUGGGGAAAGAUGAGCCGCAAGAAUGCCGACACAUUCAUUGGGCUCUCUCCAGACCGCAACUAUAGUGCAGCUGGGAUAAGAACGGUGACAAGCUCUCUUCGGUUCGAGCAAGGAGUGACCAAGUACAGUGAUCAGGAGGAGCUAAAUGGGCUUCAUUACAUCAGCUUAUUCGUGGAGUGUUUCGUUCACGACCGAGCUACUCAGUCAAAGCACCCGUCUCAGCAAGGCAAAAAGGUCCCUGACAAAUGGGCGAAGAUGGGUCGAAACCCACAACCAGAAGACAUGGUCUCAGACGAGUUGAUAAGCACACUCGUCGCAGGCCGCGGAACGUCUGACAGCAACGCACCGAGAUACUAUGCGCGCCUCAUCAGACACGCAUUCAAACAAGGAGUGAAGGGUGUUUCUCUCAACACAUCGUCCAUCGUAUAUUGGGGAAACUGCAAGGUUGUGGGCGAGGUCCUGCGGAGAGUCCAGUCGGUGAUUUGGAACCGAAGGUUGAUGCGGACGCAGAACGAGAAGAGGCUCGGGCUCGUGCCAGAGAACACGCAAGACGGAGACUUGAUAUGCAUCCUCUACAGGUGCAGUGCGCCAGUGGUGCUACGUCCCUUUAAGAAGUCAGCCAGAGAAGUCGAGGACGAGGAUCAGACCAGAAAGGAGAGACAAAGGGCCAAAGACGAAGAGAGGCAGAGGCAAGCCGUCAUGACCAUCAUUCGAGUAUGGAGGAGUCGCCGGCUUGCCAGGCAAACCAAAUCUUCGAUGUCAACAACCAGUCCAAAACGCAAGCGUAAGCGAGUCGCGACGGAACCGGUGGCACCACAGAAGAGGCCGUCGAAAGCCAGUACUUUCUCGUUGAGUGCGACGUCCACCAUGCAGGUUCACGAUAAGCCAGCCCUCGAGCAGGUUGUAGAGGACGUAAGCCAGCUACCAGAGAGUAGCACGAGAGUGGCGAAGGAGCCGCUGAAGAGCGAUCCGGGCACCUUCUACCAGCUGAUUGGCGAGUGUUAUGUUGACGGAGUGAUGAACGGAGAGGCAAUUGCAACAGGGACGAAGUCGAUGCUCUUCGAGAUCAGCUGUGGUUGGGGCUCUGGUGCGCUGUACUUCGCCGAGGUGCUGCCCAAGGCGAAGAUCACCGCCUUCUCAAACUCAAGGACGCAGAAAGAAUUCAUCGACUCCAAGGCCAAGGAGAAGGGGCUGACCAACUUGAAAGUCAUCACGGGCGAUGUCGUGGACUAUGAAUUUGAGAAGGAGAGCUUUGACCGUGUGGUCUCCAUAGAGCUGUUCGAACACAUGAAGAACUACGAGCAGCUCAUGGCAAAGGUGGCACGAGCUCUGAAGCCUGGUGGCAAGCUCUUCGUGCACAUCUUCGCGCAUAAGACGAUACCUUAUGACUUUGAGGAGGGAUGGAUGACUACCCACCCACUUCUUUACCGGUGGGACGAUGCCUUCGGCGGAUUUCAUUGGCUUUCCAAUACAAUCGCAAACAAGAAACAGAUAUGGCCGCACUUGGUGGAGACAUAUGGCGAGGAGAAUGCCAACACGUGGUACAACAUAUGGCAGAUAUUCUACAUGGCGUGCUCGGCAUUGUUCGCGUACGAGGCUGGGGACACCUGGGGCGUGUGCCACUAUCUCUUCGAGAAGCCGAAACCCUAG